AUGGUAGAUGAAUCCAUGGAUAUUGCCACAAAUAAAAAACUUAUUAUGUUUUGUAAAAUUGUACAUGCUGGUCAAAUCAAAAUAGAGUUCUGUGCAAAUGUAACUGUAAGUGAUGGAAAAGCAGAUACAAUAUAUAAUGCUAUUGUAAAUUGGAUGGACGAUGUUGGCAUUAGCUUCAAGAACAUUUCUGGAUUUGGAAGUGACGGAGCAGCAGUGAUGACUGGUAGACUUUCAGGUGUUGGAGUGAAGUUAAGGGCACAGAAUCCUCACAUAAUUCAUGUAUGGUGUGCAGCACAUAGGUUGUCUUUGGUGGCACAUUGGGCUGCUAAGAAAGUUCCAUACUUAAGAAAAGUACAGGAGCUGUUAAUAGCAAUUUAUUAUUAUUAUGAAUUUUCAGCUCCACGUUAUAACAAACUUAGGGAAUUGAAAAAAAUCAUGAAAGAAAAGGUUAAGAAGUUUAAAAAACCAACAGAGGUUCGGUGGUUAUCACUACAAGAUGCAAUAAUUGCAGUCUAUGAAAGCUGGUCGGUACUCAUCUUAGGAAUGGAACAUGAAGCCGCCAAUGCUCCCAGAACUGAGGGUGGAGCAAAAGCAAAAGGGAUAGGGAGAGACAUCAAGACAUUCAAAUUCAUUUCAGUAUUAUGUCUAUUGAAGGAUAUACUGAACAUAUUAUGUAAAUUAUCCAGAACAUUCCAGAGAGACAUUAUUGAUAUUCAGCAGGUCACAUCUAUGGUUAUCUCAGCUCGAGAUACCAUACAAUCUUUUUACCAUACUGACCCUCCAACUGUAGUUGAUUUGUUAGACACUAUUGAGGAAUCUGAUGAGUACAAAGGGAUUCCACUUACAUGUUCUAUUAGGGAUAGGAUUGUAUUCAGAGAUGUUAAGCGAGCUUUUGUCAGAAACUUGGUGUCAGAAUUUAAUGAACGCUUUCCAGAAGACAAUAUGAGGGACUUGAAAGACCUGAAUGAUGUUCUUAAUCCGAACAUACUGCCAGUGAACCAUGCAGGUAUUGUUAACCAUGGCACAGAAUCCCUUGAGAGAGUGAUAGAGAAAUAUGGAGGGGGUGAAGGUGACAAUCUCAUUGAUCCUAAUAGAACCAGAGAUGAGUAUCUGCAGUUCAAAUUUUUGCUAAAUGUUAACAAGACAUUUUGA